AACAGAGGAGCGACGUGCGAUGGCUUCAGCCGGCCUGGAGAUCCUGGGGAUGAUCCUGACCGUGGCUGGAUGGCUCGGCGUGAUGGUGGCCUGCUGUCUGCCCAUGUGGAGAGUGGCAGCAUACAUAGGCCAGAACAUCGUCAUCACGCAGAUCGUGUGGGAAGGUUUGUGGAUGAGCUGCGUGGUGCAGAGCACAGGACAGAUGCACUGCCGAGUCUACGACUCCAUGCUGGGGCUCUCCGACGACCUGCAGGCGGCGCGAGCUCUGACUGUCGUGAGCACGCUGCUCGGUGUGCUGGGCACAGCUCUGGCUGUGGCUGGGGCGAAGUGCACCAACUGCACAUCAGAUGCAGCUAACAAGCCGCGCAUUAUGCUGGCAGCCGGUGUGACGUUUAUAACAUGUGGGCUGCUGUUGCUAGUGGCCGUCUGUUGGACGGCUAACGGCAUCAUCCUGGAUUUCCACAACCCUCUUCUAGAGGAGACGCAGAAGAGGGAUUUGUUCUUAAUGGCAGCUCUGGGGUUGGAGAUACUUGGGGUCACCCUAGCUGUGUUCGGUUGGAUUGUAGGCAUCGUGUCUUGCGCUUUGCCCAUGUGGAAGGUCACGGCUUUCAUCGGGGUGAACAUCGUAACGGCACAGACCAUAUGGGAGGGAAUCUGGAUGAACUGUGUGGUGCAAAGCACUGGCCAGAUGCAGUGCAAGGUCUACGACUCCAUGCUGGCUCUCAGCUCAGACCUGCAGGCGGCUAGGGCUCUGUGUGUGAUUGCUAUUGUGAUGGGAGUACUGGGACUGCUGCUCUCCAUUAUGGGAGCCAAGUGCACUAAAUGCCUAGAGGAGGAGCGGGCCAAAUCCAGAGUCAUGAUUGCCGCUGGAGUCACCUUCAUCUGCGCUGCGGUCAUGCACAUGAUUCCUGUGUGCUGGUCUGCUCACAGUAUCAUCAGAUCCUUCUACAACCCCGUAAUCAUAGAGGCACAAAAGAGGGAGAUAGGUGCGUCUCUUUACCUGGGAUGGGCAUCUAGUGCCCUUUUGCUGAUUGGAGGGGGGAUUCUGUGCUGCAGCUGCCCCCCGCGGGAGGAGAAUAGGUACGGUCCCCCCAGCAGGAUGGUUUACUCCGCUGCACGGUCUGUACCGCCCGCUGGCUUUGACAAACGAGACUAUGUGUGAACAAACUUACUCUUUUUGUGUUGCUGCUCUGUUCAUAUGUGUCCUGAACAGAGAACGUGAUGAUAUAGCACAAGACAGUGUGUGUUUCUGUACAGUGAGUUCUGCUGUUUUGCCAUUUCUUUUGUUACCAAGUUUAUGCAAGCAGUUCUGAAGAAUUGCAAGUAUUAUAUUAUUGCUAAAAAUAAGCACAUGAAAAAGUAUGUUCAUGCGUAAAUUGAUAUUGAGGUUGUCCUUUUUAGCACUGUUACCAAUAAUUAAAAUUUCAGUGUUUUAGUAUGUUUUUUUGCAAACUUUUAAUUACAUGCAUUUAUAUGAUGUAUAAGUUCAUAUUAUGUAAAGACUUGUAGUCUAAAUGUGCCACAUUAACCUUAAAACACAUUCAUUAAAAAAAUACUAAUUAA